AUGGCGCCAGGUGAAGGCGAGGCGGCGGCGAUGCUGCCGCCCACGGCGAGAAGGGCCACGAGAGACCAGAAGAUCAACAAGAUUGGGUUUGAUCUCCUCGCUCGUACUCAAUUAUCCGAGCGGUACCUGGAGGAGUUUGCUAGCCACGACGAAAUUGUCGAAGCCCUGCUUCGGACGCGCAUCGUCCGCCUGAACGACUUGGGACUGAGUGAGAUUGACAACCUCGAGCUCCUCUCUGAUGCCGUCACCCUCUACUUGCAAGACAAUGCCAUCCACACCAUUGAAAAUCUCGAGUUUCUGACCAAACUUGAAGUUCUCAGCCUUGCCCACAAUGCCAUCACCGUCGUCCCAGACCUCAGUUUUCUGCAGCGUUUGGUGUGGCUUGACUUGUCCCACAACUCGAUCACCGCUGUCCGCCCAGCUCACUUUCCGUCAGGCCUGCGUCAAUUGAGCCUGGUCGGCAACCCCUGCAGCCAGCACCAGGACUACAGGCAAGCCCUCCUUCUCCGGUUGCCAGAGCUCCGAUACCUCGACGGCACCGAGGUCACUCCGGCGGAACGCCGUCAGCUAGGACAGGAAACCAUCGCCAGUGCAUUAGAAGCUGAGCAGGCAGCUACUGCCGCUGCUGCCACUGUCGCUGCUGCUGCUGCCCCACCCCAGAUCUCGCAGCCUGCCACAAACACUUCAGCUGCACCCAAGCCACCAACUUCUACAAGUAGUCGGCGGACAUCGACCACACGAGCCCGUCCAACCACGGCACCAACUGGCGAGGAAGAUCACUUGGCUGCCACCAGCCGCACUGCCGAGUUGCGCCGCCUCUUUGCCACCAAUGCCGGCGCCGAUGCCGUCUGUGGCUAUCUGCUCAGCGAGCUUCAUAUGGCAUCAGAGGACAUGCGCGAACGCUCUCGCCGUCGUCGCGCCAAGCUGGAGCAGGAGCGACAGCCUGCCGCUGGACAGCCGCAAGCCGCUGCUGCUGGACCCACGCCCACUGAAGUUGAAAUGCCAGACAGUACCCCCCUGCAGGACGCCAUCGCCCGUGCCACUCAACGUGCGCAGAAAGAUGCUCAGAAGCUUGUGGACCAGAUGCAAGCACGACGCACCCAGUUGGCGCGCGAGCGUCCCCCGCUGCCUUCCAUUGCCUCUGCACACACGCCCUCGGCCCCUGCCGUGGCUACCACGACCCGCCAGCACACCGGUCCGGCACCCCCCGCCCUGGACAAGGCAUCCACCCGAUCAGCCCCAUCUUCUGCCACAGGUCCUGGCCGCCGACGACGGCCCCCAAGCACAACGCGGCCGGGCAGCGGUGCUUCGACAGCCAGCACCGCCCGUCGCCCAAACUCGGGAGUGCGAUUGCAGCCGCUUCGGCCACCGGCUUCUUAG